AUGGAAGAUGACGACAGUGGAGAAUCUCUGUUGUCCCUCUACAGAACACUGCGUUGACUAGAGAGAGAGAGAGAGUUAUAGCUAACACUGUGUUGACUAGACUCCAUAGAGAGAGAGAGAGAGAGAGAGAGAGGAAGGGAUGGGAAAUGUGGGGAGGAUGAAGCUGGGAUCACAAGGCCUGGAGGUUUCGGCGCAGGGGCUAGGGUGCGCCGGCAUUUCAAGAUUCAACUGCCAACAUAAGCCAGAAAAAGAAAUCAUCAAACUAAUCCACCACGCCGUUGACUCUGGCGUCACGUUCCUCGACACCGCCGACGUCUACGGCCCUCACACCAGCGAAAUCCUCCUUGGCAAGGCACUGAAGGGAGGGGUGAGAGAGAAAGUUCAAUUGGCUACCAAAUUCGGCCUCUUCUCUGUGGACGGAAAGUUUGAGGUGCACGGGGAUCCAGCCUAUGUACGGGCUGCUUGUGAGGCCAGCUUGAAGCGGCUCAACAUUGAUUGCAUCGAUCUCUAUUACCAGCAUCGGAUCGACACCCGUGUCCCCAUUGAAAUCACAAUGGGAGAACUCAAGAAACUUGUGGAAGAGGGUAAAAUAAAAUACGUUGGUCUGUCCGAGGUGUGUGCAUCAACAAUCAGAAGGGCUCAUGCUGUUCAUCCAAUUUCAGCAGUACAGUUGGAAUGGUCGUUGUGGACAAGAGAAGCGGAGGAAGAAAUAGUUCCUACUUGCAGAGAACUUGGCAUUGGGAUUGUUGCAUAUUCUCCAUUAGGAAGAGGAUUCUUUGCAUCAGGUGCCAAGAUUGUUGAAAGUUGGGCAACUGGGGAUCCUCGAAAGUCUCUGCCAAGGUUCCGACCUGAGAAUUUGGAGAAUAACGAUACUAUGUUUGACCAUGUCAGUGAAAUGGCAGCAAAAAAGGGCUGCACCCCCGGGCAACUAGCCUUAGCAUGGGUUCAUCUCCAAGGGAGCGACGUGUGCCCUAUUCCCGGAACCACCAAGAUUGAAAACUUGGAUCAGAACGUUGGAGCUUUGUCGGUGAAACUAACACCUGACGAACUGACUGAACUCGAAUCCAUUGCAGAUGCAGUAAAGGGUGUUAGAGAUAAUAAUGUGGUUCCUAGUUGGAAGGAUUCGGAGACCCCACUUUUAUCAUCAUGGAAGGCUGGGUGAUCACAUGCCUUUCUAAAUUUCUUGGGGACUUUGUUAUGCAGUCGACUCCCGGUACAAGUUGUAGCUUCCUCAGAUAUUUCUUUGCCUAUCGGCUGUUUUUUUCUGGCUGUUUCUUCUUCUUGUUUCUCUUCCUCUAAGAAACACAUACACUUGAAAAGAAAGUGGCGUGUCCGUGUCUGACUAGUGUUGGACACCGACACUCGUCGCACACGUGUCUGAUACUCUUUUUUAGGCGUCCGUAAUUAGAAAAUAAAAAUCAUAAUUCUGACA